UCUCAGGGUCUCAGUGUUUCCUAGGGUUUUAUUCAUCUUCAACCUAGAAGUACACGCAGAGAAGCGGUGAACGGCGACAUCACCAGCAACCCAACAUGGCUACUCAGAUGAGCAAAAAGCGAAAGUUUGUGGCUGAUGGAGUGUUCUUCGCGGAGCUAAAUGAAGUUCUUACCAGAGAGCUUGCAGAGGAUGGAUACUCCGGAGUGGAGGUUAGGGUUACGCCAAUGCGGACUGAGAUUAUCAUUAGGGCUACUCGUACACAGAAUGUUCUUGGUGAGAAAGGUAGGAGAAUCAGAGAAUUGACAUCUGUUGUUCAGAAGCGUUUCAAGUUUCCCGUAAACAGUGUUGAGCUAUAUGCCGAGAAGGUCAACAACAGAGGACUCUGUGCCAUUGCUCAAGCUGAGUCUCUCCGCUACAAGCUUCUCGGAGGCCUUGCUGUAAGAAGGGCUUGCUAUGGUGUCCUUAGAUUUGUCAUGGAGAGUGGAGCUAAAGGAUGUGAGGUUAUUGUUAGUGGUAAGCUGAGGGCCCAGCGUGCAAAAUCCAUGAAAUUCAAGGAUGGAUACAUGAUUUCGUCUGGACAGCCAGUGAAAGAGUACAUAGACUCUGCCGUGAGACACGUUCUCCUUAGACAGGGUGUUCUGGGUAUCAAGGUCAAGAUCAUGCUUGAUUGGGAUCCAAAGGGCAAGCAAGGUCCACCGACACCGCUUCCCGAUUUGGUUACCAUCCAUACUCCCAAGGAGGAAGAGGAUUUCAUUAGGCCUGUGGCUGUGAUUCCAACGGCUGAGAUUGAAGUUGAAGCAGCAGCUUAAGAGGCCAGCACACAUGAGGGGAGAAAGUUGUCUAGUGUUGCUAUCAUAAUAUCAUUUCUUUCAGAAUAUGGAAUUCUAAGUUUUGAUGUCAUUUUUCUUCUGUUUUGAGUUUCGAUUUUGGGAUAUUUCUGUUACAAAAUAUUCACAGAAGCCGUGGUACUUAACUUUAUGUCGGAGCCCAUAGUGUUCUAAUGGUAAUCUUAAUGAUGAUGUCAUUUUAGUUGUA